AUGUUGAAGAUUGUGAUCGUAGCUGCCGUGGCACUGGCUUCGCUAGUGGCUGCUGGACCCCUCGCUUGGGAAAACCAGAACCUGAAUUUGAAUCAAAAUCAAAACCAACUCGGCCUUCUGCGCUCAAACCUCAACAACAACUUACCACUGAAUUUGCAGCAAGAUUCUCUUCAGCUAAACAACCUGAAUCUUCGAUCGAACUCGAAUUUGAACCAGAAUUGGAACCAGAAUUGGAACCAGAAUUUGCACUUGAAUCCUCAGUUAAACCAGCUGAAUUUGAGGAGAAUUAAUGACAUCAACCGUCGCAACUGGAAUCUGAAUGACAACCUAGAUGAUAGCAACCUGCAACUUGCCAUUCUUCGCAGCCACCAGGACGAUAGCAGCUUGAACAACCUGAACAAUCUGCCCCUGCUUCGAUCAUCUUCACUCAGCCACCUCAACUGA